AUGGCUAUACCACAGAUGACAUCGAGUUCUACUGGCGAGGGGGUGACCAUGCAGUGACGGGGGUGGAGCGGAUAGAGUUGCCGCAGUUCUCCAUCGUGGACUACAAGCUCAUCUCCAAGAACGUCGUCUUCUCCACCGGAUCGUACCCGCGACUCUCCCUCAGCUUCAAGCUGAAGAGGAACAUCGGCUACUUCAUCCUGCAGACCUACAUGCCCUCCAUCCUGAUCACCAUCCUCUCCUGGGUCUCCUUCUGGAUCAACUACGAUGCCUCGGCCGCCAGAGUGGCUUUGGGUAGGAACGCCAAAUGGCCCCGCGCUGGUUUUCCCCCAAUACGUGCAGACGCAUCCAUGCCACAGAUUACAUUUAAAUAUCCAUCUAUCUUCCAAACAUUUAG